AUGUUGAUCAAUGAUCACAACUCUUGCAUGGUACAGUUCAGAAUUGGUAAAUAUAAGAUGCAUGCACUCAAGAACUGGGAGCACGUAGUUCCAGACCUCAUAGUUUAUAAGUUUUCAAUGGAAUUGGAUCAAAGAUCAAGUGGUCCUCAUGUUCUCAUCUUCCCUUUGCCAUUGCAAAGUCAUGUCACUACAACGCUCAAGUUUGCAGAGCUACUCUGCCUUGCCAACUUCCACAUUACCUUCCUCAAUUCCCACUUCGUUCAUAAUCGCCUUCUUCGUCACACCGACAUUCAAUCCCUCUUCGCGCGCUAUACCAGAUUUCGUUUCGACAGCAUCACCGACGGUCUACCAGAUGACCACCCACGUUCGGGUGCUCGAAUGCUAGAGAUGUUUGAUUCUUGGUCUUAUUUUGGUAUCCCAAAAUUCAUUGAAGCCAGUGAGCUUCCCUUCAAAGAAAGCGAAAUGGAUAUUCUGAUAACAUCUGUGCCAGGACUGGAAGACAUUUUGCGGCGGUGGGACCUCCCAGGAUUUUGCCGCACCAGCAAUGUUGCUGCUGAUAAAACUCUGCAAUUUGUAAUAAGACAGAGCCAAGGCAAUGUCAGAGCCGACUCACUCAUGGUGAACACGUUUGAAGAACUGGAAGCACCAGCACUCUAUCAUAUACGUGAUCACAUUCCCAACACUUAUGCCAUUGGACCACUCCACACCCACCUAAGCUCAAGGCUGGCAUCAAUCAAGGAAACAGCGCCAAUUGCAUCAAACAGUCUCUGGGAAGAAGACAGGAGCUGCAUGGCAUGGCUUGACGCCCAGCCCCCAAAAUCAGUUCUCUAUGUAAGCUUUGGAAGCAUAACAGUCACGACAAGGGAUGAACUUAUGGAGAUUUGGUAUGGUUUGGUGAAUGGUGGGAAGCGGUUUUUGUGGGUUAUGAGACCUGACUCGGUGGUGGGGGAAGGCGGUGAGGGUCAGGCUCCGGAGGAGCUGUUGGCUGGUACGAGGGAGAGGGUACAUGGUGGGUUGGGCACCAUAAGAGGAGGUCUUGAAGCACCAGGCCAUUGGUGGGUUCUGGACACACAGUGGUUGGAAAACAUUGGAGAGCAUAGUGGCUGGGGUGGCAAUGAUGUGUUGAUCUUAUUUUGCUGA